AUGAAGGUGGUUGAGACGUUUGUGCAACCUACGACGUCUCCAGAAGAAGAGCGAGGGUGUUUCCCAGACUUGAAGUCUGGGGGGUCGAUGGAAGUCGACCGGAUGGCGGUGCGAGCGAAGCUCGAAGAGAAGGUGCGCGACUGCGAACGCGUAGGAUGCGGCGAAGGCCUUGCGACACAGCUGUCGAAGUUGUUGGCCCUUUACGAAGACGUGUUUCGGCUUACACUGGGUCGAGAUCCUCCUGUCGACGUAGCGCCACUCACAGCGACGUUGAAACACGGCGCUGAACCCGUGCGACGCAAGGCGCGUCGUUAUUCCAAGGAACAACGCGACUUCAUGGCGACUCACGGCGCCGAUCAGGUGUCUGCGGGAUUAUGCUAUCGAAAUCCCCGCUCGAAAUGGUGCUCGGUACCCCUCAUCGUCAAGAAACCCGACGCGAACAAUUUUCGCAUGACGGUGGACGUCAGGCCAGUCAACGCUCAGACGGAGCGCAUCAUCUGGCCCAUGCCAAUGCUCAAGGUGAUCGUGGAUCACCUGGCCGGUGCCGAGGUGUUUUUCUCCCUUGAUUUCUUCAAGGGGUACUGGCAAUUUGCGCUGGACAAGGCGUCCCAGGAGAUAUUUUCCUUCCUCACGGACACGGGCAUCUACACGCCCACGCGUGUGUUGAUGGGCGGGACCGACAACGUCCAAGAAAUGUUCGCGACUGAACUCUACAAGUCGCUGUUGAUCUGGUUGGACGAUCUCCUUGGAUACGAGAAGACCAAAGAAGGGCUUCUAGCGGCGCUCGAACGCGUGCUAGAGAUAUGCCAUCAGCGCGGCCUCAAGCUGAACCCCAAGAAAUUCAAGCACGAUCCCGACCGCCUCAAGGCGCUGCAAGACCUGAAGAUGCCGGUGACCGGCCAAGAUCUGCAGCAAUUCAUUUGCGCCAUGAACUGGAUGCGAAUGUCGAUCCCACGAUACAACGUUAUCGUGCAGCCGAUGACCGACCUCAUGGAGUCGGUCUACAAGGCUGCUGGCGGACGGACCCUCCAGAAAGUGGCCAAAGUUGCUUUGGCCGACCAAGCCCUCAGUCUUGUGGUGACGUUAGCUCAUCCCAAGCAAGAUCGACUGAUCUGUGUGUUUGCCUGUUUGCCGACGCAAGUGACCACCAUUGGGGAGAAGCUCAAGACCAUGAGCCGUUCAUGUUCCUUGGUGGAACGUUUUCGGGAGCGGCGCAGCGAUGGGCAAUCGUGGAGAGAGGCGUUCUCCAUCGUGGACUGCUUGAAGCGGGCGGAUUACCUGCUCCACAAGCCUGGUGGAUUCGCGCUGUUCACCGAUCACGCCAACCUGAAGUUUAUCGUCAACCCAAGCUCGGUCAACGCCGCCAUCCCGAAGUACACGGCGGUGAAGUUGGACCGCUGGGCGUUGCUGCUGAUGGGGUACAACUACACGAUCUACGACAUCGCGGGCGAUGUCAACGUGUGGGCCGAUCUAUUGUCCCGCUGGGACACACACGCCAACUUGAUCUGUCCUAUCGUGUACGUACCCUUUAAGAUCUCGCCUUCGCGAGGUGGCGAUUUUGUUUGGCCAAGCAUGGCCGAAAUUGUGGAUGCUCAAGUUCAAGCAGUCGGGCAAUUCGACGCUCCAAAGGUCGAGUGGAACGAAGACCGUGUGGACGUCGACGGUAUGGAUGUGCCGGUGUUGAAGACGGCGCCGUCUGGAUUCCGUCUGCGGCGAGUGAUCUGCAGAUGCGACUAUGUGUGGUCGCACACUUUGGCGUUGGUGGUCAUCGUGGCGUCAAUGCCACGAAACAAGUCCUGUCUGAACGCCGUUGUUUGCAUUGUGCAAGCACUGGUGGUCACGUUCUUCGUCCUUUUUGGUGCGACGGCGCACGCGACGAAGCCAAACGAAAUCCUACACUGGGAUUUUCUGUUUAUGGACGGCGGCUACAUCCUAGUGGGAAAGGACGAUUUCAGCCAGUUCAAGUGGCUCUGGGCAACCGACGUUGCAAACGAGCAAGUUGUGGCGCGGUGCUUGCAACAGUGGUUCAGUGUGUUUGGCAUUUGCUACCACUGGGUCAGCGGCCAAGGGUCGCAUUUCAAGAACGAGGUGAUCGCUGAGCUCCAACAUGUUCUUGGAGCACAUCACCAUUUCACCACGACGAGAUGUCCGUGGGCAAAUGGCACAGUCGAAAGUGCCACGAAAACGACCCUGAAGACGUUCCGAGCGCUGCACUCGGAGUGGUUGAUGCAAUUGGAUCAAUGGCGACUGAUUGUGCCAGUCGUGAUGUUGAUCCUCAACCAAAGUCCCUCGGACACCCUCGGUGGUGUCGCGCCGAUUACGGCGAUGACCGACCUUUGGUCUGUGCGACGUGACGAAGUCAAGGCGAUGGCGAAGGCCUUGGACAGUAUGCACGAACAAGUCGCGUCAAAAUCGGCGAAGAAACGCGCUCAAAAUCGCGAUCGCCGUGCGACGAAGAAGGGGGUCACGAUGGCCCAAUUUGAUGUGGGCGAUUUUGUUCUCUACAUGGACGUCUGGUCCAUGACUCAUUCCAACCUCAGCGUCACGUGGCGUGGUCCUGCCCAAGUUGUCCGAGUUAUCUCGGAUUGGACCUACGAGAUCCAAAAUUUGAUCAGGGGAGUCGCUCGUGAAGCCCACAGCAGUCGGCUAAACUUCUAUGCCGACGAUUCACUCGACGUGAGCGAGGAGCUUCUGCGCCAUGUGGCGCGCAAUGCCGACGGACACGUCGUGGAAGAUUUCCUCGGCUGUCGAUACGAUCGUUUGGCGGCUUACGAAGUGCUGGUGAGCUGGCGCGGCCUCCAAGAUAUCGAAAACUCAUGGGAGCCCGCGAGCAACCUGCUCGAAGACCUGCCGCCCGCAUUCAAGAAGUAUGUGCGGGCGAACGCUGAAGAUGCCAUGGUGGUGGCGAUGGCGAAAGCGUUGGGGGUGGCGCAAUCGUUGGUGGGGAUUGUUGCGAAUUUGCCAUUCGCAGAACCCCGGAGCUUCCCCCAAGAGGCAGCCCAAGAGUUCAGUUCCCUUGGGUAG